AUGAACGGCCACGCUGCGGCAGGGGCCAAGAGAAAAUCCUCCGGGUCCCCAGAUCUCGCGCCCGCUGCAAAGAGAGUCCCCAACGGCGAUUAUUCCGAAGACGACAACACACCGGACGGCGAUGUAGUGCACUAUGACGACGAGUCUGACCUCAUCGAUGAAGCCGACAUGUAUAUUGGCACGCCCGCCAGCUUGGGCGAGUGGCAGGACACGAUCCAAAAGGUUGUCCGCAACGUUGUCGCUAUCCGCUUCUGUCAGACCUGCUCCUUUGACACGGAUCCCGCCUUGACCAGUGAGGCCACGGGCUUUGUCGUCGACUCCGAGAGAGGAUACAUCAUGACCAACCGCCACGUCGUUGGCGCAGGGCCUUUCUGGGGUCACUGCGUCUUUGAUAAUCACGAAGAGGUCGACUGCUACCCCGUAUACCGCGAUCCAGUGCACGACUUCGGUAUUCUACGCUACGAUCCCAAAGCAAUCAAGUACAUGCACGUGGAUGGCCUGGACCUAACCCCCGAUCAAGCAAAAGUGGGUGUCGAGAUUCGCGUCGUGGGUAACGAUGCAGGUGAAAAGCUCAGUAUUCUGUCUGGAGUCAUCAGUCGUCUGGACCGUAAUGCACCCGAGUACGGAGAAGGAUACAGCGAUUUCAACACAUGCUACUACCAGGCCAACGCGGCAGCCAGUGGUGGCUCGUCUGGCAGUCCUGUCGUCUGCAAAGAUGGCACUGCUGUCGCGCUCCAGGCUGGUGGCAGAUCCGACGGAGCCUCGACCGAUUACUUCCUGCCGCUCGACCGGCCACUGCGCGCGCUACAGUGCAUCCAGCAGGGAAAGCCCGUCACACGAGGAGAUAUUCAGUGCCAAUUCUUACUCAAACCUUUUGAUGAAUGUCGCCGUCUUGGGCUCACCCCUCACUGGGAGGCUGCCAUUCGUAAAGAGUUCCCCGACGAGACCAACAUGCUAGUGGCCGAGAUUGUGCUUCCUGAUGGUCCUUCCCACACAAAGGUCGAAGAAGGAGAUGUUCUCAUCAAGGCCAACGGCCAGCUAAUCACCCAAUUCCUCCGGCUCGACGACAUUCUCGACUCCAGCGUGGGCAAGCCUAUCAAGCUUCAGCUGCAAAGGGGCGGCCAGGAUAUCGAAGUGGAAAUCGAGGUCGGCGACCUCCACAAGAUUACCCCGGAUCGCUUCGUCUCGGUCGCCGGCGCCAGCUUCCACGACAUCUCCUACCAACAGGCUCGACUCUACGCGGUUGCUGUCAAGGGAGUCUACGUUUGCGAAUCCGCCGGGUCUUUCCGCUUUGACAACACCGACAACGGUUGGAUCAUCCAGUCUGUCGACAACAAAAAGGUCCCGGAUCUCAACACCUUUAUCGAAGUCAUGAAGAGAAUCCCCGACAAGGCGCGGGUUGUCGUCAAGUACAAGCACCUUCGCGACCUCCACACUCUCAACACAACCGUCAUCUACGUGGAUCGUCAUUGGUCUGCCAAGAUGAAGCUGGCUGUCCGAAACGACGUUACAGGUGUAUGGGAUUUCACUGACCUCGGUGACCCUCUGCCCCCCGUGGCACCGGUCCGACGCUCGGCCUCCUUCAUCGAGCUGGAUCACAUGCCCGACCCCAGCAUCGCGAAGCUUAUCCGCAGCUUUGUCCAUAUCAACUGCACCAUGCCAGUGAAACUUGAUGGCUUCCCCAAGAACCGCAGGUGGGGCAUGGGUCUCAUUAUUGAUGCUGAAAAGGGCCUUGUCCUCAUUUCCAGAGCCGUUGUGCCGUAUGAUUUGUGCGACAUCACCAUCACAAUCGCCGAUUCCAUCAUUGUUGAGGGCAAGGUUGUCUUCCUCCACCCCCUGCAAAAUUACACCAUUGUCAAGUACGACCCCUCCCUUGUGGACGCGCCCGUUGUAAGCGCUCGCCUCAGCAGUGUGCCCUUGACACAGGGUGCCAAGACCUACUUUUUGGGAUACAACAGAAUUGGCCGCGUCGUACACGGCUCCACCACGGUGACUGAAAUUACUGCCGUCGCUAUUCCGGCCAACUCUGCUGCUCCGCGUUACCGCGCCAUCAAUGUCGAUGCCAUUACCAUUGACAGCAACCUGGGCUCCUCUUGCAACAGUGGUGUCCUUGUUGCCCCUGAUGGAACUGUCCAGGCUCUCUGGCUGUCGUACCUUGGCGAGAGAUCCUCGUGCAGCCAACGCGAUGAAGAGUAUUAUCUUGGUUUGGGCACCCCCACUCUUCUGCCAGUGAUUUCAACCAUCCAGAGCGGCGAGACGCCGCAACUGCGCCUCUUGUCUGUUGAGUUCCGCUCCAUCCAGAUGUCCCAGGCCGCCGUCAUGGGUGUCUCUGACGAAUGGAUCAAGAAGGUCACACAAGCCAACCGCUCGCAUCAUCAGCUAUUCAUGGUUAGCAAGCGCACCUUUGAGCGUGGCACGCAACCAGUGUCUCUCCUUGAGGGCGACAUCAUCCUCACCUUGAACGGUAAGAUUUGCACGACCAUCACGGACUUCGACAUCAUGUAUUCCAAUACCGCGCUCGAUGCUGUGAUUGUUCGCGAGAAUGAAGAGGUUCACCUGCAGCUUCCAACUGUUCCUGCGGAAGACAUGGAGACCGAUCAUGCCGUUUCAUUCUGCGGUGCCAUAUUGCAUCGCCCUCACCAGGCCGUGCGCCAACAGAUCAGCAAACUGCACAGCGAGGUCUAUGUCUCCAGCCGCAUUCGCGGGUCUCCUGCGUAUCAGUAUGGUGUGGCCCCUACCAACUUCAUCACCCACGUCAAUGGUGAACCGACUCCGGACCUGGAGGCUUUCAUUGCGGCGACUCGCAAGAUUCCAGACAACACAUACUUCCGUCUCAAGGCCGUCACUUUCGACUGCGUGCCGUGGGUCAUUACCAUGAAGAAGAAUGACCACUACUUCCCAACGAUGGAGUGGAUCAAGGACAACUCAGAGCCCUGCGGCUGGCGCCGCGUAACAUACGAAGGCACCGAAGUUAUGAACGGAGAGGCAACAGAUGGAGUGCCUCUGCCGGUCGAAGAUGCUGAGAUGGAAUAG